GGCGCCGGAGCGGAGAGGAGCGGAGCGCCGAUCUGAGCGCAGGGGAGCGGCUUCACUGUGACCCCGAUCUCCGGGGGGGAAAAAGCGACCGCUGGUUGGAGCCCACCAGACCGGACAGACAGCGCGGACGGCGACGUCAUUUAUUUUUGUGUGUGUGAGUGCGUGUGUGUGUGUGUGUGUGUGUGUGUGUGAGUCAAAGACAGACCGUCUUUUUUUGGCGGUCAGACAGACAGCAACAGUUGUCACGAUGUCUGAGAUCAGAUGAGGGGAGAGCGGCGGAGGGAAUACUGCGGCGCUGCUGUGAUCCGGGCCGGCCGGGGUAAACGCGCCCCGCCUGCGAUGAUACAGCCGCGUUAACCAGCCGGGACAGCGAGGUCGGCGCGGUGUGCGCAUCUGUUCGCAGUGCUCGGAUUUCGGCGUCAAUCAAACGCUCGUCAGCCAUCCCUGCCGGCUGUGUCGAAUGGUUCGUGUCUGCGGGUGAGGUGAAUCCAGACGUCGGGGCUGGCUCAUGUUCCGCGCAGCAGGGAAACGGGCUGUUGCGUCUGCAGAGAGUCAGAGCUGACGAGCCUGCUGAGACACACGGACGGAUAGGCAGGCAGGCCGAGAGACAGACAGGAGCGAGGGGAGGGGGGCGACAGCCUGUUUCGGCUCUCUCGACCCUUUGCGGAUCGAGCCGAGCCCCCUCCUGUUUCCACCCAGAACCCCCACCCAUUUCUCUCCCCGCUUUGGAUGGGGGGAAAGCAGAGCACGGCGGGGCGGCCCCGGGGUGCUUUUCCCGGUGUCUCUACGGAUGACAGCGCGGUGCCACCCUCGGCCCACUUUGGUCACUACCGGCCGAGCGGCACCAUGGGCCUGCGGAGCCGCUCGGUGAGCUCCGUGGCCGGGAUGGGCAUCGAGCAUACUCCCGCCGUGCCCUUCGGCUUCUACACCCCAAGAGGAACGGACUCGGAUCGAGCCGGAGGGGGGUCAGGGGGCACUACCGCGGCCCCUCACGGUACCGGCUACCAGGACACUGGGGGCGGAGGGCACCACACGGACGGGGUGCUGUAUCUGGGGUCCCGGGGGUCGCUGGCUGACACCUUGCCCCUGCACAUCGCACCCCGCUGGUUCAGCGCGCACAGCGGAUUCAAGUGUCCUGUCUGCUCCAAGUCUGUGGCGUCCAAUGAAAUGGAGGUUCACUUUAUCAUGUGUCUAAGCAAGCCUCGCCUCUCUUACAAUGAUGAUGUGUUGGCGAGGGAUGCCGGUGAGUGUGUGAUCUGUCUAGAGGAACUGCAGCAAGGGGACACCAUAGCCAGACUGCCGUGCCUCUGCAUCUACCACAAAAGCUGUAUAGACUCGUGGUUUGAGAUCAAUCGGUCCUGCCCUGAACACCCCUCUGACUGACCGACCACCGGGCCCACUCUGGAUACUGUUCAAGGACACCUCGUGGUCCUGCCAGGGAUAUCUGGACACAGACACAACCAAAUCUGGUGAAACAAUCAAAGUGAUCCACACUUAUUAUCCAUCAUCCUACCAAGAUAAUUAUUCCUCGUGAACUGAACCAAAAAAGAAAAAAUCUAACUGUCGAACCAUCGUACGUUAAAGGGCCCCUCUCAAGCCCUCCAUUUUACAUCUGCUGAUGAUACUGCUGAGAGCCCCGACCCUUCCUUGCAUCCUUCACACCUCUUCAAGCUAACAGAGUCCCUUAAAAGGCUUCGUUGGCCUCAGCUCCCGCUCCACCUCAGCCGCGGCCGGCUGCUUCCCUGACACACUCAGGUCCUUGCAGGCCUCGCAUCACAUCUUUGGAUUCAGGCUUGUCCGUCACUUGUGUCCAGCCCUCCCAUGGCCUUAACUCAGAAGAGGAGGGGAAGCAGAGCAGGGGAGGAAGAAGGAAGGGACCCACAGUCAGAUGGGAGGAGGAGGAGGAGGAGGAAACCGGCAAAUGGAUGAUUGUUGAGCAGCAGGAGCUCGCUAUGAGAAACAGACUUGUACAUUAUUCGGUGGGCCUCUUAACUCACACAACAGGACUCCAACUUGGUGAAGUCCUAUCAUAACAGACUGGCUCCUUUCUCAUAGUUCCUGCCUCAGUUCUGCACUCUUCCUCACAAUAUGACUCUAAAUAAUUAAUUUAAAGUCUCCGCAGUGCUAUUUAGACGUGGUUCGCGCAUACCUGGGCACGCAGAAGGGGUAAAAAAUAUCAAACAAACUGGGAUGCCAGCUUGUCCUGUACGUAUGGAUUGGUAAGAGGGACUGGGGGGUGCGGGAGAGGAGCAGUCUGAGCAUGCUCAGUUCUGAAGGGGAGGCCGGAAGGGGCCAGCGAUGUAGUUUACGCUCCUGCUGUGUAAUAUGUCUGUUUGGGAUGCUUCACCUGGUAUGUGUAUGUACACUGUGUGUGUGUGGGUGUGUGCGUGCGUGCGUGUGUGUGUGUGUGUAGAGGGCUGACUGAGACAGUGCCGUGCGUGUAUUGAAAUGUUUACAGUGUAGAUGUCCAUGUUUCCUGUGUGUGCGACUGGCAGUCCUCCCUUUACUUUGCUGAUGUUUACAGCUACAGAAACGUGACAUAUUGUAAAUUUCACUUGUAACCUCUCUCAGUUCUUUCUUUUAAGAUCUGCCAGAUUUUUCAUGUGAUCAUGAUUAGUCAUUUUCUUGCGAGAGCCUCGAGUGAGAGCCGGUGUGAAUGAGCGUCUCUGUGCAUACGACUGUUUGCAUGGAAGGAUUCCUGAACAGGCCCGCUGGGCACAGCACUGAGGCCCCCGAGGAGUCAGAAGGCCGGAGUCUGUCUUUGUCCUGUUAAUAAAUCAAACUGACACAAGGAGACUAAAAACAAUAACAAACAGAAGCUAAAUUAUCAUGUUCAAACCACAAAGAGACUCAGAAUGACUCAAAAUAGCUGCAAUGACACUCAAAAUGAUUCAAAAAUGACUCAAAAGAUUGAAACAGGCUCCAAAUGUCUCACAAGAGACUAAAAAAGACUGCAAAGAGAUUCUAAAUGACUCAAAACUGCUGCAAGCACAUUUAGAAUAAAUUAUAACUACAGAAAAGACUCAAAGUGACUUAAAACAGCAGCGAAGAGAUUCAUGAUGCCUCAAAAACAAAUGAAAGUCAGAAUUACUAAAACAACAACUGAGACACGCAGAAUGACUUAAAAUGACACAAAGAAACAAUUUUAAUGAGAUUUAAAAACAAGCAGAAAGAGAAAUUGAGGAAAAUGAGCAGGAACAAAGAUACUAGAAACUCAUGCAAGUCAUUUUAAGUCAGUUGUUUCUUUGUCUUAAGGUGACUUCCAUCUACGUGGGGGCCUCUCACACGUCUGUGCCCGGGGACCUGCUGGCUCAGAAUCCACCCGUGGCUGUUUGUGCAUGUGUGCUUGUGAUUGAAAAGGCGCCUCUUGGUCUUUGCAACGGUCGGUUCCCCACAUCGUAUUUCUGCUAGAGCAGGUCUGGCUGUCUGCGACUGGAGACGUGAGCCACUCAGACCCUUAAAAGGACUCUGUAGUCCCACUGUGGAGCCACUCAACGGGGCUUAUUUAUUCAUUUGUUCAUAUUUAACAAUAUUUGUUUAAUAUUCCAGUCAUGUGGGGUGUUACUCACUCUUCAGAAUGCCAAGAGCUGAUGUGUGAAGACUACUACGACUCAACAUACAAACUGCAUUUACAAAGCUACUGUAAACAAA